AUGGCGGGCGUAGGUGCCGGCGGCGCGCGUGCUGGUGGCGCGCGCGUGUGGCGGCGGGCGCGGCGCGACGGACGCCAGCCGGACGACGCGCUGUCGGCCGGGCUGCGCCUGGCGCUGGGCGCGUAUCAGCAGUGCGCCGCCAGCGACGACACGCUGUCCUGCCUGAAGCUGCGCGCCGUGCGCAGCAUGGACGGGGCGCUUCGCCGCGGGCGGAUCCCGCUCGCGCCGGGGCUGGCGCUCGUCCCGUCCGAGGGCGGCGGCGGGGACGGCGCGCGGGCGAUGGGCGAGGGCGGCGACGCCCCGCCGCAGGAGGUGGACGAGGCCCAGCUGCCCGCGGAGCCCGAGGCCCGGCGCAGGGCGCUCGACGACCUGCUCGCCGACAGGGUGGGCCGCUUCCUCACCGCUCGCUCGCUGCAGCUGGACGCGCCAGGGGCGCUGCUCGACCAGGGCCUGCUCGAGGAGGGCCGCAAGAAGGGCGGCUACGGCGGCGGCGGGGGCGGCGGCAUGAAGAAGCACGGCGGCCUCAUGAUGAUGGCGCUCAUGAUGAAGAGCGGCCUGAUGGCGAUGGCGUUCAAGGGCGUGGCGCUGCUGGCGGGCAAGGCGCUGCUGGUGGCGAAGAUCGCGCUGGUGCUGGCGGCGGUGGUCGGCCUGAGCAAGCUGCUGGGCGGCGGCGGCGAGGAGAAGACCACCUACGAGAUCGUCAAACACCCGCACGUGUCGCACGCCUACACGCACUCCAGCAGCCACGAGUUCGUGGGCGGCCACGGCGGCGGGGGCGGCGGCGGCCACUACGACACCAGCGGCGGCGGCGGCGGCGGCGGCCACGGCUGGGGCCGCAGCAUGGACUCGCCCUACCCGCACGUGCUGGCCUACAGAGGGCAGCUCCCCGAAGCGGUCGCUCAGGCCGCCCCCGCGCCCAACACCACCGCGUAGGGCGGGCGCCGACUCCGACUGCCACGCCGCACCUGGACAGCUACCCUCGGACCGCGGACCGCUCGCUUGGACCACGCCUCACGUGCUGACGACACGCCGCUGCCACUCGCACUGAACUAGCCCCGCGCCUCCCGACUUGACUCGCAGACCAUCGACACUAACACCGCCCCCAACAGUGAGACUUAUCCGCUACCGUUAGACCUCAACGCAAGCUUUUUUUUCUAUUCAAUACCAUCUAAUCAGUUACCACUAUAAACGCAUUCAACUUUCGUUUAAGCAUAACCGUUUCUCAAAUUAAUACGGCUUGCGCGCGCGCUUGCAACAUUUCUAACCCAACUACCCGUAAUAGCAGUAACACCUCAAAUCAGUAAACAACUACUCUUCCUAAUAUGUUCUUCAAAAGCAGACGUUUCUCUGAAACGUUGACCACUGCGAUGAUCUCGUGGCAGACGAAAGUGCUAACGCUAUAUGCUUGCAACGGACGUGUUUAAUCGUGAUACGACCCUGUGUCUGGGCUUUGACACUUUUUCUAUGCGAAUUAUUAAUGAUACCAAAACGUGAGUGCACACAUCUGUGAUUAAUGCAUAUACAACCCUAAGACAAAUGUAUAAAAACGCAACGAAGACUGUUACAUUGAAGGACGUGAAAACUGCUACUAAAGAAAAACCUACAUGACUGUACUUCUGUUCCAAACGGUACUUUUGUGAUCACAAUACUGCUUCAAAGAACUUUACUGCCAGUACGAACGACGACAAACCACGAAACAAGACUACGUUACCGCUGUAUUACUUCAACGCCAGACAGAAAACUACGACUACUACAACUAUAACUACAAAACCAAUAACACCAUCAACAAAACCAACAAGAAAAGAACAAGUGACAAGUUGACAAGUGACCCAAGAACUUACUAAUACUGCGCAAUAAAUGCAAUAUCUCAUCCCAUCAACUGACAGUUAUUUAAUACCAGCUCACUAUUUAUUUAUUUAUGUCGCACAUGUAAAUGUAUGUCCACC